AUGGGCGACGGGGGCUCGAGUUCGGCGGCGCGCGAGCUCUUGGAACGACUCGAAAAGCUCUACGUCGCCGGUGAUCGCGACGCGUUCGCCGCGGCGGUGCGGGCGGAGAGAGAGCAUCUCACGAUGUCGUUCUACGACGCGGCGGAAGGCGCGAUCGAGGAGAGAACGCGAGGCGGGGACGUCGACGGGGCGCGCGCGCUAGACGAAGCCGUCGCGGCGACGGCGGCGCUGGGAGACUACAGCCUGGAUGAGAUCGUCUCGAGCGCGGAAUUGGCGCUUCCGGGAGGUACGAAUGAUGUUCUCACGGGGGAGGGGUCGUCGGAGAGCGGCUUGACGGCAGCUCAGGACGAGGAGGUGCGACUGCGGUGGCGCGCGAUGACGGGCUCGCUCGCGACGACCGGGGAGGAGAACGCCACGAAGCAGCUAGCGCUGAACGUCGAGGCGCGAAGAAACGCAAUCAUGGAGAUCGCCGGACGCGUGUCCAUCGGUUCCACGGAGUUCGAGGCACUGAAGUCGGUCGCGCCGGAGCAGCGAAUAGCGGAGGUUUUGUUGACGUUUCCUCCGGGCGCAAAUCGAGAGGCGGCGGUGGAGGACGCGAUCACACCGCCCGCGGACGGUGAGGCCGUGGAGGGUGAUGAAGAGAACGAAAUCGUUUUCACGACAGCGCCGCGGUUGCUCAACACGCUCGAGGGAAUGGCACGCCAGCGUCGUAGAGCGUUGGAGGACUGCACGGAUCUGGACGAGCUCAUAGCCAUCGUUGAGCGCAAGUGCGACUUUCUCUCUAGUGAUUGA